GAGAUGCAUACGAUACACUCUCUGAUCACGUAUGUACUGUUCCAUUUGACGAUCGGGCUCCGGGUGCGACCGUAUCUGUAUUAGAUUAGCUUAUUAUCGCUGACCGUAGUCUACCUAACCAGCGCUCAGCUCCGAGGCCUCCCGCUCGCCGCGGCAUCAUCUCCGGCUCCUCCCGCCGCCGUGGCGGAGCGUCUCAGAGUUCUCGUCAAUGGUGCCAACAUUCUUGGCUUCGGCGGCGAAACCGAGCUCUCCCAGUCUUCCACGUAGAGUUCUGUUUCGGGCGACCCAUUGGCUUAGGUUUUGGGGAUAUUUGCAGAGGGUUGAAGACCAGGAGAUAAUCAAGGAGACGUGUCGACAGAUCGAAGUCGCAUCUAUGCAAUUUUUUUCUUAUUUUGGUUGGAGUUUUACGAACAGGAUUACAUAUUGAGGUUAUAGUAUGUCUGUUGGGUGUCGUGUUUGUUUUAAGGAUUGUGGUGUAAGAUUGCACUCUAUGUUGGGAGUGUUGAUCUUUUGAUGUUACUUUGUUUGUAAGGCUGUACCUCCUUUCAUAGAGGACAAAGCCGGGACCUGGUUUCCAUUAUCUAAAAAAUAUACAUCUUCUCAUUGUUUAAUGGUCUGCGUUUGCUGCUUCUAGACUCUCUUCUCUUGAGCUCAAAGGGUAGACUGGCAGAGAGGUUAGCUAGCUCGGCAGAUAUAUGGUGCCAACGUGGAGAUAGAUAGAGCUCAGAGAAAAAAAAAGGAGCAGCAGAGCAGAUGGAGCUUGUCGCCUAGCAGCUAGCGGCUGCACUCGGCUCGCUCGUUGUCGUGGACCGCUUCCUGCGGCUUCCUCGCGGCUUCGCUUCCCUCCCUCCUCGGCCUGCUGAGGAUCCCCUGAGAUGACGAGACGAGACGAGGUCUAUAAAUAUUGGAGAGAGUGCGGCAAAGCUUACUGCCUCUUCAUCCUACUCUACUUGGUCUCGUCUCGUCUACCCGGCCCUGCGCUCUGGGCGCCAUCAAGGGAAGCCUCGAGCCCUCAAGAGUCAAGAGAGUGAGUGUGUACUUGAGCCAAAUAGCAGGCGCACCGACCCAAGAAGCAGAAGCACCAGUGCGAGAGCGGCAGCAGCCAUGACGCUGGACACCCCGGCCGCCGUGGUCCUGGAGCUGAUGACCAUGGGGCAGCAGUCCGCGUCGCACCUCGGGGACCUGCUCCGGGCCGCGUCCCCUGCGGCGGCGUCGCCGCACCAGGAGCUCGCCGCCGAGAUCCUCCGCUGCUGCGGCCGCGUCAUCGACGCGCUCAGGGCCGCCGGGCGCAAGCGGAAGGCGGCCGAGUACCAGGACGCAGCAGCAGCGCGAUGCGCCUGGUCGUCUCCACCUCCUCCUCCGGGACCGCCAGCCAAGAGGGCGCGCGGCGCAGAGGCGACCAUGGAGGUGACCAGCGGCACGGCGGUGGACGGCUUCAUCUGGAGGAAGUACGGGCAGAAGGACAUCAACGGACACAAGCACCCGAGGCUCUACUACCGCUGCGCGCACAAGGACCAGGGAUGCAACGCGACCCGGCGGGUGCAGCAGACGCGGGAGCAGCCGGCGGCGUACGAGAUCGCCUACUACGGGGAGCACACGUGCAGGGGCGCGUGGCAGCAGGGAGGAGCGGCUGCGGCGGCGGUGGCCCCUCCCGCCGUCGUCGACUUCGGCUCCAGCUCCUGGGGGUCCGCGGCGGACACCAGCAGAAGCUCGCCGUCGCAGGGCGGGUGGUCGUCGCCGUCGGCGUCGUCCGAGGCCGGGGUCGGGUUCGGGCCGCAGCUGGCGCACGAGUGGCACGACACGGCCGCUCCGGACCCCGUGACGGAGUUCCUGGACGGCUGCUUCGGCUGGGAAUCCGUGCUCCAGGACCGCUUUGACUUCGGCGGUCUCAGUGACGUCGCUACGUUUCAGCAGUAGAUUGAGUAUAUUAGCAGCAGCAGCAGCAGUAGAUCUGGACAUGUGUCGUCGACGUCGCUGUAGUACGUGAGAACAGUCAGUCCGACCGGACCGAGCGACAGCCCCAUCAGGAGGGUUGCCGUAGCCGUAGUAGAGCACACACACACACACUAUAGUUAAUUGUAUCUCAGGCAGAGGGAUUACCAGACCAACAAAACAAGGUUAUUGCCGUUCACAAGACGAGGAAUAAUGCCAUUGUUGUUGGUGCUUGCUCUUUUUCUAAAGGAAAAAAAAACUUCACUA